CAAGUUAUCCAAACCGACCAAUCAGCCGGCCUGACGCCUGGUGCCGUCGAUCAUGCGACUGACACCUAUCAGCUUAGCACAUUUCUGGAGAUUGUUCCCCACAGGCUUUGCCCAGUUUCGAUCGCCGAGCUACCGAUUGGAGAGGAAGUUUUCGCGGUACAGGAGCCAAAGCAGUCACCUGCUGUGGACGAAGGCUUCCUUAUAAAGCGGCAAGAGGAAGUUCUCUGUGUUAGUGAAGAUCCGCCAGAGGAAACUGGCUCCUUCGCGUGGGUAAGACCACUUGAAGAACUAUCUGAAGGUAGACUCGGUGAAGAAGUAGUCUGGACGCAGGAGCUUGUGUCUCAACGGCCGGUAGAAGUUACAAACUCCUCAGAUCUUCAAAAGGCUCCUGUGGGUUCACAGCAACAGACAUUCCAGGGCGACGACGAUCAGGCUUUUGACCUAGUGAAGGAAAGUCGGACGGUACCCGACGAGGCAUCCAAUGUCGCUGAGGUUUUAUCAGAAGUCUCCGAACCGCUCUGUGUCGAGGCACUAAAGUCAUCUGUGAGGGUACUUGGCGAACCCUUGGCAUUCGAAAAGGCACACAGUUACACCUCAGAAGAUACUGGUAGUAGAGAAACUGAAAAUAUUGUUGAACCAGGUGAUCUCACCAACAGCAAGCAGUUAGAACAGGCCGUAGAGGAAUCCAUAGUUGCUGUUGAAAAGGCGCCUUCAACUUGUUCGGCGCAACUUACCCAAAAGAGAGUACGAUUUGCUCCUGCUGAAGUUACAGAAGUCUGGAACGAUUCCGACCGUGUGGAUUCCAGCUACGACAAACAAUCUCCGCCAGGUAAAACAUCCGCCAAUCAGGCCUCAUUCUUGCCCUCUGAUUCGCAUACACUUCUCCCCGCCGAAAAGGCCCUACAGUUCUCCGUGCUCGAAACUUCCGUGCCGAUAGCCGAAGCUGAAGACACUGAAGAGUCAGCACAUCAAUUCACUCCGAAAGUUGUUGAAUGCUCGCCAGUACAUGCGACCGAAGACGACCACGUUGGUACAACAGAAAAUCAGCCCUCCCCAGACGCGGUUAUUGAAGAGAAAGUAGAGAAGACAACUGCUGCAGCACCUGUUCAUCGGAAGGCACCUGUUUUUCCAGCAGAGGAUAACAAUUUUGAAGUGUCCUCGGAGGACGCACAGCAGCCUUCCUCUGCUAAAACUGUUCUAGACAGCGCAGCCUACCCCGAAGGCGAUUACGCAGCACAUAACCGGAUUACAGAAAAUCAAACAGAGGAAGAGAAUAGCUCAGAUUUAUCGACUGAUUAUAUCCCAGAAGAGCCAGUUACAGAGACCUGCAUUUCGUGUGGCCUUCUGCCGGAGACUUUGCAACACUUUGUGUUUGAUCAACCGCCCAACUAUUCAGACGCCGAACUCAACGUUUCAGGCACUGCGACAGGAGCACUUUGGCAAACGCGUGAACAUUUAUUUGUAAGCGGUGAAGAAACAGCUCUGGUGAGUGACCUCUCAUUGCGAGGUCAAAGUCCUGAAGAAGGCAAGGCCGUGCAGAGCAGAGCAGCAGAGUAUCCUCUGGCAAAUACUCUUCCCGAAGAAUUGGCAGUUAUUUCCGGAAGAGGAGACGAGACCCCUACCAACCUGCCAGCGGCCUACAAAGUCUUGCGCCAUUAUGCUGGAAAAAGACGGAAGGAAGCCAAACCAAACGUAAGAAUGGCAAGUGAAGAGCACCCCACAACGAACCGGCUGGAAGAGGAGGCAGAGUUACCAGGAGCCUCUACCGGGUGA